UAGCUUAGUGGUGACGUCCAGUUCGCUUGUCUCUCUCACUCUCUCACUCUCUUUCACUCGCUCACUUCGGGGGCGACCACAAGGACCUUCAGCGCCUCGAGAACGACCUUGACCCUUGCAACACCACUAAAGGGGGAUUCAACUCCACUAAGGCUUCGCCAACACCACUAAAGGGGGAUCCAACUCCACUAAGGCUUCGCCAACACCACUAAAGGGGGAUCCAACUCCACUAAGGCUUCGUCAACACCACUUCGAGGGGGAUUCAACUCCACUAAGGCUUCGUCAACACCACUUCGAGGGGGAUUCAAGCCUUGGAGUGAAGACAUGUGGAGGAUUUCAACACCACGACCUUAAUACCACCAGAAGGAACUCCCUCAACACCACACAGACUUCAACACCACCAGCUGUGACUCAACACCACAACACCACUUUGAUUUCAACACCACCACAACACCACUUACAGAACGACUCUUUUCAACACCACUUUGAUUUCAACACCACCCCAACACCACCUCUUACAGAACGCCUCUUUUCAACACCACUUUGAUUUCAACACCACCUAAACUGACUCCCACAACACCAUUUAGACCUCAACACCACCGACUGUGACGCUCAACACCACAACUCCACGAUUCAACACCACCAGAAGUAACAUUCUCAACACCACUUCGACAACGACUUUCCGAGUACAUCAACACCAGUCAUUACCACUCAUCACCACCUGACACAACACCACAUAGUUUCAUCACCCACAACACCACUAGACAAACUUCAUCACCACCAAGACGGACCCCUAACACCACCAUAUCAUCACUUCAGCGACCUCAACACCGCCUGAAUACGACUCCUCAACACCAAACACCACUUCAACACCAGCCCAGCAUCACCAUCUCAAGACAAAGAAGUGGUGAUGAAAAUGUCACACUCCCCCCAAAGGACUAUGGUGUCGGUGGUGGUGAUGGUGGUGACGCUCCUGCUGGCCUCAAGCGGUCCGGGUCGGUGUGCAAGCCCGCCCCAUAAUGACUACGAUGAUGACUACGACGAGGAGGGCGGCUGUCACCCCGAGGAGGCCGACCACUGCUUCGCCGACGUCAACGAGAACCUCAUGUGCAACCUCGGGAAACCAAACGCCGGGAGGAACUGCACCAACAGGGACGCCCAGAACCUAUGCGACGGCAUGGGGGACGCCUUGGAGUGCAGCGAGGAUAUUCUAUUCACGUGCUCGCGGGAGGACGGAUAUUACACCUUCGAGACGUGGCUUACAGGACUGGAGGCUGUUAUGCACGACCUCUGCUACGACCCCGACCACAUGGAGACUAUUAACGUGUUGUUGAAGGGGUCCAAGUGUUUCCGUCUCAAGAGGUUCAUCAACUGCUUGGAGGACCGCGCCAGCCUGACCCACAUGGCUGACCUUCUCACCACCACGCUUGACCUCAAAGAAUGCAACAAGAUCCAGGUAGCGAUCGCGGCGUGCAUCGAGGACAGCGAGAAGAGCAAGAAGAAGUGUCAGGGGACGUCUGAGGCGAUUACACAAGCCCUCAUCGCAUUCUUCAGCGCGACCAAGUGCGGCCAACCUGACCCAACCCCGCCACCGCCGCCAUGCCUGCCCCCUGCGGUCCCUGGCUCAACCAACACCACCAUCAACACCACCAACACCACCAGUAACGAGGAAAACACCGAAUUCCUCAACACCACAGACAACACCACCACCACCACCAGUACCAAUAACACCCCCAAACAAAACACCACCACCAACACCAUCACCACCACCACCACCACCACCCCAAAAGCAUCACCACAAACAGCCUGCAAGAAGGACCUCAGCACCAGCGGGACACCAACAGCCUCGACGGUGGUGGUGACGUUGCUGGUUACCCUGGUGUUGGUGGGUCUUCUGGCGGUGGUGUUGGUGCGUAAGGGAGUCCUCAUCAUACGAACGGACUUCAAUCGUCACAUAAUCGGACUGGAUGCAAUGGACAAUGAGGAAAGGGACAGUGCUUACGACAGGCUAUAGAUGGGUGCUGUGUGUGUGUGUGUGUGUGUGUGUGUGUGUUUAAGCUCUAAGGUAAGAAAACAAGAGAAAAAAAGAAAGACUUAUUCACUGCCCAUAUAAGAGUGUGUAUAGAUGUGUGUGUGUGUGUGUGUGUGUGUGUGUGUGUGUGUGUGUGUGUUUAAGCUCUAAGGCAAGAAAACAAGAGAAAAAAAAGAAAGUCUGUUAUUCACUGCCCAUAUAAGAGUGUGUAUAGAUGUGUGUGUGUGCAUGUGUGUGUGUUAUAGUAGAGGAAGUAACUCAAUGUAUGAAAACGAGAAAAAAAAGAAAAAAAAAAAAAGAAAGCCUGUUAUUCACUGCCCCGAUAAAAGAGUGUAUAGAUGUGUGUGUGUGUGCAUGUGUGUGUGUUACAGUAGAGGAAGUAGCUCAAUGUAUGAAAACGAGAAAAAAAAAGAAAAAAAAGAAA